AUGGACGAUGCUACGACUGAUUCUGAGAUAUAUAUAGUCAAAUUUGAAGAAAAGCAUGAUCGUCUGCAUCCCUACAACUUGAAUCGAUCGAGCAAGCUCUUUAUCUCCGUCACAAUCUGUAGCGGGACACUUAUCGUCUCAUACAGCAGUGCGGUCUUUGCGACAGCAGUCAACGCCGUUAGUCGCGAAUUCAACGUUGAUAAAGAAGUCGUGACUCUGGGAACUACAUUAUUCGUGCUUGGUUUUGCUUUCGGUCCUAUCAUCUGGGCCCCUGCGUCGGAGUUACGAGGUCGCAAGUGGCCGUUGACGAUCUCUAUGCUCCUGGGUGGCAUAUUUACGAUUGGAGCUGCUGUUCCCAAGAGUAUAUCUCCUUUACUAGUCUGCCGAUUCUUUGCUGGAGUUUGCGGAGCAGGGCAGCUUGGUUUAGUACCGAGCGUUCUUGCAGAUGUGUACGACGAUACCACUCGUGGCGUAGCAAUCUCCUUGUACGCUCUAACUGUCUUUGCUGGACCUUUUAUCGCCCCAUUCAUUGGGGGUUUUAUUGUUACUGGCAAUCUGGGAUGGAGAUGGACCCUUUACUUCCCGGCAAUACUGAGCCUCGUCAAUGGCUUGAUCUCCCUGGUUUUUUUGCGAGAAACGCAUGCGCCUCGUCUUCUUGUUAAAAAGGCCGUCAGCAUACGUCUUCAGACCAAGAACAGUCAAGCUCGAGCACCUCUUGAGACGCUUGAGACGAACACAAAAGAGCCGUUACAGAAAUAUUUCAGUCGACCUCUAUACAUGCUCUUCACCGAGCCUGUGAUUCUUGUCGUAUCCAUUUACAUGUCUUUUGUUUAUGGAUUGGUUUAUUGUCUGCUUGGGGCAUAUCCAUUAGUCUUCCAAGGGACGUAUAAUAUGGGUCAGGGAGUUGGUGGCCUACCAUUUCUUGGACUUGCGAUUGGCCAGCUUUUUGCUUGCACAUUCGUAAUUUGGGUCCACAAUAGGUAUACAAAAGAUUUCAAGAACAACAAGAAUCUUGUCAUUGAACAACGUCUAUAUCCAGCUCUUUUUGGGGCACCGGUGUUUAGUAUUGGCAUCUUUUGGUUUGGAUGGACUGGAUUUGACUCAAACAUACACUGGGCAGUUCCAACCGUGGGAGGAGUUUUUAUCGGGUUUGGGGUUUUGUGUGUCUUUCUGCCAUGCUUCAACUAUCUUGUCGACUCCUAUCUACCGCUCGCGGCAAGUACAGUUGCUGCUAAUAUUAUCUUGCGUUCAUCAGUUGCAGCAGCCUUUCCUCUUUUUACGCGUCAGAUGUUCGAUGCGAUGGGCAUACAAUGGGCUUCAACCCUCUUAGGAUGUCUAGCUGCGAUCAUGAUACCAAUACCUUUUGCACUUAGAAUCUAUGGGCCACGACUUAGAAAGAAGAGUAAAAUUCUGUUGUCAUAA